UCUAUACCCUCUGCACGUUAUAAUACUUAACUUCUUAACCAAUGUAGGGCGACUUGUGAUUUAAAUUUAAACAGAAACUUAUAAUUUAAUGAAUCUAGGACAGCUUGUGAUUUUAAACACAAACUUAUUAUGUUGGUGUAAUUUGUAGGAUGCAAGGAAAUGACAUCAAAUUGAGUUAUACUGUGAUGAGAUCUUUAAGACGCCUAGAAGUCCUGGGCAACCAUGUAAAUAUUAAAUCAAGAACAUGCUCGUCCGUGACACCCCCAGGUCAUGGAUCAAGUAUUACAGUCACACCUUCUGUCGGUAUGGUUGACGAGCCUGUCAACAUCCACAUCCGUGGACUGGAUGCAAAACAAACCGUAACAGUCGUUGCAGAUGUGGUGGAAAAUGGAAUGAGGUUCGAAUCCCGAUGUGUUUAUCAAGCUGAUCGCAAUGGAGAAAUAGACAACUUUUCUAGUAUAUCUGUAGAUGGCAGUUUUAAAGGUAUUGAACCAAUGGGAUUAUUCUGGAGUCUGAGGUGUUUAUCUGCACCAAAGCAGUCUGCCAGAUUAGUGAAGAAAGACGUCAGUACACCAAUGAACUUCAGUAUAAAGGUUUAUCCCGAUGUACACGAGGAACACGUGCCGUGUUGUCAGCCUAUAAUGGAGGCAAAAGUUCAAAGGUUAUACAAAAAGCCAGGGGUCAGGAGAAUACAACUAACAGGAAAAUUCAGGGGAGCUAUAUUUAUACCAGAAGGUAACGGGCCAUUCCCAGGUUUGAUUGACAUGUUCGGAGGACUGGUCAGUAUCGUAGAAACACGUGCAGCGUUGCUAGCGUCUCAUGGUUAUGCUACUCUGGCAUUAUCGUACAUGCACGUGAGAACUAUUCCUGGUUUCGAAGACAGACCGGACGCAGAGGUCAUAUACAUGCAGGAAGCAUACGAAUGGUUUAUGGAGCAAGAUUACGUAGAUAAGCACAGACUUGGGGCUGUAGGUCUAUGUUUUGGAGGGUUGUUGUCGUUGACUCUGGCAUAUAUACUACCACAGGUCCGUGCGGUUGUCAAUAUAAAUGGACUGUCAGUUACACCGGUAGAUGAUUGGUUCAUGCAUGAGCAACCUGGCUGGCCGAAGUUGGAAAAUGUAUACUUGACACAUGAAGGAAUCGUUGUAAAAGAUGGUUUUGCGUUAGAUGACAGAAUUAGUCCAGUGAGAGCAUGGAAACAUGGUGCUAAGAUCCUAGUAAUUGUGGGCGAGGAUGAUAAACAGGUUGACCCAAAUUCGCAUACAGAUUUCUACGAACUUUGUCCAAAUGAGUUUAAACACCUGAUCGAGAUACACAGGUACCCGGGGGCUGGACAUUUGAUAGAACCGCCAUACUCGCCUCACGUUAGAGCAACCACACCCGGGAGAAAAAGAAUGAGAACGUCAGCAGUUGUUCCGGAAAAAUUUUAUGAUGAAGACAUAAUGGCCGGCGGUUGGCCAGAUAAACAUGCACAUGCUCAGGAAGAUUCUUGGAAGAAAAUUUUGAAUUUCUUGGAGAAAAAUGUGAAAAAUGUGAACCGAAGAUGAGUAAAUUAGGAAAUCUUCACUAACUGGAGUAAGUCCUUUAUAGAAAAAAUGUGAAUUAUGGAAAAUAUUGACUGGUCGUCACGAAAAAAAAAAUGUAACUGAAUAUGGUCUUCCAGAAAAAAGGACGUAUUCAACUGUUUUAUUUAUGAACUAGGAAUGGAGGUAAAGACAUUGGUUUAGAACCCGCUUCCUGGACGUAAUAUUACUAGAUCUACAGACUAUGUUUGGUACCUUGAAUGAGUGGUGUCAUUAAAUGUUUUUUCUGUGAAUAACCGAAACAGAGUGAAACGUAUCUGGUAUUUCACUGUAAAAAUAUCAGAUAUUCUGUAUAAUAGUUAUUAUAAAUAAUUGGUAACUAAUCAGUUCUAGAAGAUGCUGCUGAUCAGUUUAGGCCAGAUCUGAUCUGUUAUAAUAUUCGAUCUUUUACAGUCAUUCCUUGCUAACAUUACCUAUGAUAUUGCAUCUGCUUUUCUAACGGCAGAUUGCACUAACAGUUUAAGUUUCGACUUCAUUUUAGAUGGAAUUCGCAAUGUUGUUUUAAAUGUUACACGUUUUUAGCUCCACUAUUCGGAGAAUAGAGGGGUUGGGGUGCUAUUCUACUCGCCCUGGCUUCGGCGUGAGCUGUUUUGGUUAAAGUUUUUCGGCAACCUUUGUUUUUCUUUGAUACUAUUGCUUAUAUCUUACUGUAACUUCACAUUAACAUUGUUCAGCAUGCAAACAAAGUAUGUGCAGGGGCUGGGCCCAUUAUACCCAAGGUCAAAGACACCAAGGUGUUGUACUUGGGUUAUUUUAAAGGUUAAAGUUUUUCGUCAACUUUUGUUUUUCUGUCAUAUCUUUGUUACUAUUGCUUGUAUCUUACUGUAACUUCAAAUGUAAACAUUGUCCAGCAUAUAAACAAAAUAUGUGCAGGGGCUGGGCCCAUUAUACCCGAAGUUAAGGUCACCAAGGUGCUAUACUUGGAAUUCAGUAUUUUCAUGAUAAAUGUUUUCGAAAGCUUCGUUUAUAGACAUAUCUUUGGUACUUUAAAAGAUAAUGACAUGGAAUUAAAAUAUUUUUGUAAUCACCUACAAUCCCCAUAAAUCUAAUUUUAUUUUUGUAAUCACCUACAAUCCCCAUAAAUCUAAUUGUAUUUUUGACAGAAUUAUGCUCCUUUCAUACUUAAUGUUUUUUGGCAAUCUUCGCUUUCUGGAUAUAACUUUAGCGCAAUAUAAGAUAACGACCUGAAACUUAAAAUGUAUCUUUAUCAUUAUCUGCAAGUGUGGUAACAAUCCCCAUAACUCUGAUUGUAUUUUUGACCAAAUAAUGCCCCUUUCAUACUUAAAAUAUUUGACAAACUUCGUUUUCUGGACAUAACUUUAACCCCUCUGAGUAGUAGGGUCUUUUUAUAUCUUGGUGUAUCUUCCUUUUAAAGUAGAGGUCUCUUAUUGAGACAUAAUUUCAUUUUACUGUCAAAUCGCCGUAUACUGGAGCGCGUCUUACGGACAGCUCUUGUUAUUAUGAUAGUCUCUCAUAACCUUGCAAUUUUAAACGGUAACUAUUAUUGUUUGUAUAAAUACAUAUGCAAUAAAGAGACUUUAAUAAAGAAUAAAGAAUAAAUAAAAUUUAAAAACUUCA